CACCACAGCGAGCGGUGACAUCAGGGACACAGCUGGCUUGCUCGAUUGGUCUUGCAGAUCUGCCGAGAGUUCUGCGGCUUCAGCCCGGGCCGAGCGCUUGUGAAAAUGGGCAGCCCGACGCAGAGGACCGCGGUGACUGCGGCAGCCUGCUCGGUGUUGUUCUUUAUAGUGGGGAUCUUAAUUGGAAAGUUUGCCGGCGCUCCGGAACCCGUCCCCGCCUGGUUUCGAGGAAUGAGCACCGACGGCGACAGCAAACUCACAGAAACGCUCAUGAAAGAAAUCCGUACGGACAACAUCCAGAGCGAUUUAAAAUUCUUCGCACAGAAGCCACACAUAGCCGGCAGUCCCAGAGAAGAAGAAGAGCUGGUCACCUACGUUUUUAAUGAGUUCAAGAAGCACCUGGACAGCGCUCGGAUUUUCUCGUACAAAGUGUUGCUGUCGUAUCCGAAUGCCACCGAUCCCAAUUAUGUGGCUGUGCAGCUGGAAAAUGGCACAGAAGUGGAGGUGUCUGCCAAGGUGGAGAAGGUCCUAGGCCAAGACCAGGAUGACUCUACGGUUGUUAAUCCAUUCAAUGCUUAUUCGAGACCUGGCAUUGUCACUGGGGAUCUUGUGUAUGUCAACUAUGGUACCAUAGAAGACUUUCUGUACAUGUCCAGAAACCUUUCUAUGGAUCUUAAUGGAACAAUUGCUCUUGCUCGCUAUGGAAAAAUAUUCAGAGGUGACAAGGUGAAGCAUGCUGCUCAGUUUGGAUGUGCUGGAGUGAUUCUCUAUUCUGACCCUGCUGACUACGCAGUAGGUGGGCAUUGGAGAGUCUACCCUGAUGACUGGUGGCUUCCUGGCAGUGGGGUGCAGCGCGGCUCAGUUCUUCCAGUAGAUGGAGACCCACUGACUCCUUUCUAUCCAUCAAUAGAUUCUGCCUACUAUCUGGAUCAGAAGGAGAUAUCUGUCUUGUCAGCUAUCCCCGUGACGCCAAUCGGCUACGAUGAUGCCAUCAGAUACCUCAGGCUACUGGCUGGCCCGGAUGUGCCCAGCACGUGGAGAGGGCAGCUCAAUGUGACAUACCGCCACGGUCCGGGCUUCACAGCACCUCACGACAACAGUAAAAUGAAGCUGUAUGUACAGACAUACAGUGAAAAAAGAAUAACCAAGAAUGUGAUUGGGUAUAUCCGUGGACAGUACGAACCAGAUCGUUAUGUCCUCAUUGGAAACCAUCGUGACGCUUGGGUUUUUGGGGCUGUUGACCCUUCCAGCGGCACCUCGGCCAUGAUGGAGCUCGCCAGGGCUUUUGGGAACCUCCUGAAAGAAGGUUGGAGACCUCGGCGAUCCAUCAUGUUCUGCAACUGGGGAGCCGAAGAACAUGGUCUGAUUGGGUCGACUGAAUGGGUUGAGGAACUUAUCAAAACUCUCGGAAAUCGAGCUGUAGCUUACUUAAAUGUUGACAUUGCGGUUGAAGGAAAUGCAACAUUGAUUGCAGCAGCUACCCCGAACCUCUACAAGCUGCUGUGCGAGUCUGCAAAGAAGGUAGAAAAUCCAAACCCAGAAGAGGUGGCACGAGGCCGGAAGACAGUGUUCGAUACAUGGCUGGCAAAUAGCCCAUCUCAUUAUGAUCCAGCACUCCCUCAGAUUGACUCAAUUGGAUCUGGAAGUGACUACACGGCUUUUCUCCAAAUAGCGGGCAUUCCAUGUACAGAUAUCAGAUACACCUACAGCCAGGCUUACAAGAUUUCCUCUUACCCGUUGUACCAUUCUGCCUACGAGACCUUUGGCCUGGUGAGCGGACUAAUGGACAAAGGCUUCAAGUACCACCAGGCAGUGGCUCGGCUGUGGGGAGUGAUGGCCAAGACCCUGGCAGACAAAGUACUCCUCGACCUCGAUUGCACCCAGUAUGCCAGCAAACUGGAAAGAAUUGUGAGGGACAUAAAGGCCAACUACGGGGCACUGUUAGAGAAGAACGAUGUUACCCUUGAUGGACUGGUGAAAGCAGUUGAUGAAUUUAAAAAGGCUGCAGGAGAUCUGCAAACAAUGACUGAGACUGUUGACGUGACCAACCCUUUGGAAGUGCGAAGACUGAACGACCAGCUUAUGGAAGUGGAAAGAGCUUUUAUUGAUCCUUUGGGAAUAUUUGGCAGACCGUGGUACAGGCACACCAUUUUUGCUCCUAGUCAGCAUGAUGCUUAUGGGUCAUCAAGUUUUCCUGGCCUAACAGACGCCUUGUUUGACAUUGAGAAUGACAAGGACCAAGUCAAGCGCUGGGAGGCAGUUAAGAAGGAAGUAUCAGUGGCUGCCUUCACAAUCCAUUCAGCUGCUGGUGUAAUGAAGGAUGUUAAUGAUAUCGGUGGACUGAACACAAACUAAUGUCUCAUUUCUCAUUAAUAUCAUUUAACAUCGGUUAAGUGAUCAAUCCAUUUGUUUCGUGUAAACCAUACAGUCAACUCAAGAAUCAUUGGCAUCCUUCAUGAAACUGAGCAAAACAGAAUGUAAAAAAUAAACAACAAAAAAGCAUAGAUGCCACUGGUAUGUAUAUAUGCCACAUACAUACCCCUAUGUAUUUGAGAAAAAUACUAUUACUCAUAAAACAACUUUUUUAAUGAGAAUAACUUUUAUUAUAGCGAAGGUAAGUAGUUUCCCCAAACGUUUGAACAGAACAUUUCAAUCAUUAUGUGUAUUGUUUAUUUUAUACAAUCAUUUUUGCUGAGUUUCAUGAAGGGUGCCAGUAACUCUUGAGUUGACCGUACCUCUGUCUAACGAAGGACUAUUAUAGCCAUCUCCAAGAUAACUGAGAACUGAGAAUAUUAAAAAUAGAAGAUGUGGUAAUUGUUUUUAAGAUGAUGAAUUGUUUUUCAGAUGCUUCUUAAAUUUCUGUGUCAAGAUUUUAAAAAAUUAUGGAAACUAUAAAUCUUUAUUUAUCCAAUCAUAUUUCUGUUAUCACCCUUCUGGUGUUAUAAAUGUCAAUUUGUGUCUGGUUUCAUUUUACACACAUUUAAACAUUUAAUUCACAUUUUAAAUACUGAUUUUGUUACAGUUUCAUUUCAAUUCUACAUUUUUGCUAAAGUUUUGAUGAACAGGAAAUGAAUGGCUUAAGAGUAACUGAACUAAGAGUUUAAAGGUGCUUAAUUCAAUAAAGAAAUAAUGUAGAACACAACACAAAGCAUGUGUACCAUAGACAGAGUAGGCAUUGUUGUAUAGAGCCUUGUCUUGCCAAAAAUGUUUCACCUUGUAAGGUAUAGAAAAAUCUCUUUUUAAAUACCAAUUUCCACUCUUCAACUCCGUCCCAACAAUCCAAAAAGCAAGAGUUAUAAUAAAGCCCUCAAUUAGAGCAAUCAUACUUUAGAUUAAUUUGCCCAGACUGUGCUAUGCUAAAUGGAUUUUUUUGUCAGUGGGGUCCAUUCGGAUUUUUCAUCUGUUCUUCCUGAUGAGGUGUAGGCUGUUGCAGAUUCAUAUUUUCCACUUGAAUGUUUGAUUCUUCUUCCUGCAUUUCACCAUUAGAGUAAUUGCUCUAUUGAGGUAAGGAAAAAGUAACAGUUUCUAAGGAGACAGGUUUUAUUCUGUUUCAGCUCUUAAAAUAUGAAUAACCUUGUCUUUUCAUACAAGACAACUAUCAUAGUAGUCAAUUUCUCAGUGACCUGUUAAUUCAGUACUGCAUUAGCAAAUGAAGGUUAUUGAGUGUACUGUAGGUAAGAUGUGGUAUUAACAUUUGAUUGUUCCUUAAGAUGGUAAUCAUUUGUUAUUGUAAGAAAUCAGUUGUGUUAAUAAACAUUUAAUAAGUAGUGAUAUUUGCAUUAUUUCAAAUGUAUUCAUCUGUAUAUACAGUAUGUAAUAUGUAUCCUCUUCAUUACAAUAUUGGUGUGAAUGAGAAUUUUUAAAAGGCUGACGUUCGUUCACAGUAGGAAGUGAAACUUUUACAAACGGGUUGUAGCUCCUCAGCUCUAAGUCUGAGGUUACAGGGGAGGAAGGAAGUUAGCUGAUUUUCCUUUUUUAUGCACCAAUUUCAAGACAUUGGCAAAAUAAAAAAGAUACAUUAUGCUGUAUAUAGAUUUUCUGAAUCCCCAGUGAGUCCAAAAUGAUUCGUACAGCCUGUCUUUUCAAACUAUUGAGCUGUACCUCAAAGGCAGUGAGUACUCCAUGACUACAGGGCGUGUGCCAAAAACAAUGAUCGUUAUGGGAGGAAUUUCCUGAUUCACCUUCCUUUAGAGUUAUUCUGUAAUUUUUGGUGUGUAUAAUUUAAUACACUGUUGUGUUGGAGUACAUGACAAGUUUAUCUUGCAUCACUGCUAGUAAAUCUGUUUGUUGUACACAAGGGGCUAAGAAGAAGAAUGUGAUACUCUUAAAAACGUGGCCAACAGCGCGUUAUUACACCCAUCCAUUUUCUAACAACUUAAUCCAAUUCAGGGCUGCUGGGGAGCCAGAGCCUCUCCUAGGAAGCAAGAGGCUCAAGGCAGGACACAGCCUGGAUGGGACGCCAGUCCCUCACAGGGUAAACAGACAUAACAGUCCACAUCAAAGACUGGUUUCCCCAGUUAUCUACCAGCUAAUCUACCAGUAUGUCUCUGGGGGAUAUGGGCUGAACAUAAAAACUCAAUGCAGAGAGCACCCCAGGAACUGAACCCAGGACCCCAGUACUGAGAGGCAGCAAUGCCCACCACUGCCUCACCCUGCCACUCCUGCGCAUUACUGUACAAUGAAAAUACAGGAGUUGCUCUUGAGCCUUUCGGAAGCAUCGCAUCUUUCAAAGAAUACAGUAACAAAAACACCAUUUGUUGUUGUUGGCUCUUCAAAAAAAAAAAAAUACUUUUUCCUUUUCUUUUUGGGAGGCAUUUUCCUCAUGAAAGUAUGAACAACCUAGUGUGACUAUACUGAUAACAUCCCUGGAAAACAUAUUUCAUGGCAACAGCUCUCUCUUUAAAUAAAUACUAGUAAGAGCUGACUGCCUGUUUUGCCCUCGGAGAGAUAACUGAGUCAUUAUCUUUGCUAGGCGUCUAAUUGGCAGAUUGUAAUCUAUCAGCUUCUGUCCAAGAACGAUGACAUGGAUGUGUCCAAAUAAAGAACAGGUUCUAAACUGA